AUGGCGGAUCAGCUUGUGCGUGAGCAGAUCAGCGAGUUCUAUGACACCUUCAAGCUCUUCGACGAGGACAAGGAUGACAAGCUCUCGCUGAAGGAGUUCGGUACAUUGCUCAGCUCCCUUGGGCAGAACCCCACCGAGCAAGAGCUUCAAGAUUGGAUUGGUGGAGAUGGUGAGCAUGAUACCACUCGCAUUGACUUCCACACCUUCUUGUCAUUGAUGUCACGCAAGUUGAAGGAGACAGACACUGAAGAGGAGCUCAUCGAAGCUUUCAAGGUCUUCGAUCGCGACCGCGACGGCUUCAUCUCGGGUGGCGAGCUUCGACAGUCCAUGACGAACCUGGGUGAACGCCUGAACGACACGGAGGUGGAUGAGAUGAUCAAAGAGGCAGAUUUGGACGGAGAUGGGCUCAUCAAUUAUGAUGAAUUCGUGAGGAUGAUGAUGGCCAGCAAGUGA